AUGCAGCAACAAAUUAGGAAGGAGUCUUUCCAAAAGCGGCAAGAAAUCAUCCGACAGCAGGCGCAAACGAGCAGCAGAAGUAGUUCGAUUUCGGAUAUGGGAAGCAAAGUGAAAAACUGGCUGGAUUCCUCAGCAAAUACUGGAGGAUCGGAGAGAAAUCAAGAGAACAACGGCGACGAUGAUCAAUCCGUUGAUCCAGAUGGCGAAGAUGUUCCUGAAGACCCAGCAGACGAUUAUUCAGCUAGUCAUAUAUCAGCACUCUCAAAGCACUCACAUCCCCUCGAACUACCUCAUCCUCCCGCACCACGCCCAUCGAAACCUGUUCAGAAGCUGCAGAACGUACCAGUUUCUCGCGUACACUCUCCUUUGCCGAAACCAAACGCUAACACAAGAGCAGAUUGCCGCACGUCGACUGUCGCCUGCGGAUACUCGGAUGCAGAGAAUCUAGUCCGCCUCCAACGAUGCCUGAAGGGACAUGCCCUUGAAUCGGUACGUAGCCGUUUACUUCUGCCCGCCAGUGUGCCGCACGUUAUCAAUACCCUGCGCACGCUCUACGGAAGACCGGAGCUAAUAAUUCGAUCGCUGAUAAGCGAAAUUCAGUACGUACCGGCCCCAAGGCACGACCAGUUGGAAACGCUUAUCAGUUUUGGCCUCUUGGUUCAGAACUUAGUGGAUCAUCUUAAAGCAGCUGGCCAGCAAAACCACCUUUCAAACCCGACGCUAAUGCAGGAUUUCGUAGAGAAGUUACCAGGCUCGAUGCGAUUGGAUUGGGCCAUCUACAAAAAUAAAAGCCAACCAGCUAACCUUGAAACGUUCGGGGAAUUCAUGUCCGGUCUGGUCAUCGCUGCGAGUGAGGUUUCCUUCGAGAUUCCUGGACUAGAGAGUGCUCUUAGACACGAAAAACGGAAGCCAAGAGAAACCGGUGUCAUUCAUACUCACUCCAAUGAGCGAACUUCCGCAGUCGCAACUGGUAGUGCUUCUAAUAACUUCAAAUCUGGAAAGCCGUGCGGGGCAUGUGGCCGUGUUGGUCAUACUCGAUGGCGGACUGUCACCAGUUUAAAGGCGCAAGUUUGGACGAGCGAUGGAAACUGGUCCAGCAAAAAGGGUUUUGCAGAACCUGCCUCAAUAGUCAUGGAAAAUGGCCAUGUAGAUCAUGGAACGGGCGUAUCAGCUAGUCACGUGUUUUCUGGUGACCUUACAUGGCCACUCUUUCGCAUCGUGCCUGUCGUUCUAUCUAGCGACAGCAAUCGACUAACCACCUUCGCAUUCAUCGAUGAAGGCUCUUCGUACACUCUAUUAGAAGAAUCUGUUGCAAAGCAGCUGGGGGUCGAAGGUCAUACGGAACCACUCACACUUCAGUGGACCGGAAAUGUAAAGCGGGUCGAGCCGAAGUCACAACGUGUGCAGGUUGAUAUCUCCGGUAAGGGAUGUGGCGCUCAAUACAAGCUCGUUGGCACUCGUACAGUUAGCCGCCUGGUUCUACCUUCCCAAUCAUUAAAAUAUGGAAAUUUGGCCAAAAACUUUCCCCAUCUACGUGGUCUUCCGUUGCAGGACUAUGAACUGGUUCAGCCCAAGCUACUGAUAGGUCUAGACAACUUGAGGCUAUGCGUUCCCCUGAAGUUGCGAGAAGGAGGACCUAGCGACCCAAUCGGUGCAAAAUGCCGGCUGGGAUGGAAUAAAGCUGGUAUUUCCCAUUUGUGCGAGGUCCCUGAGUCCGACGAUGACAAGCGUGCCAGGCAGCUGCUAGUGGAUACAACGAGGCGCCUAUCGUCCGGAUCUGGCUACGAAACCGGGUUGCUUUGGAGAACAAAUAAUCCGAAUUUCCCAGACAGCUACCCAAUGGCCUUGCGGCGACUAGAGGGGCUGGAACGAAAACUCCAAAAGGAUCCGUCACUAGAGAAGCGAGUUCGUGAGCAAAUCUAUGAAUACGAGCGCAAGGGCUAUGCUCAUAAAGCAAAUCUGGAAGAACUGACAUCCGUUGAAUUCGGACGUGUAUGGUACCUUCCCCUGGGUUUCGUUACUAACCCUCGAAAGCCAGAGAAGCUACGAUUAAUCUGGGACGCAGCAGCCAAAGUGGGUGAUGUGUCCUUCAAUUCAAAAUUACUUAAAGGACCAGACCUCCUGACUUAUCUUCCAAGAGUUCUCUAUCAGUUCCGUCAAUAUCCCGUUGCAGUGUGUGGAGACAUCAUGCAGAUGUUCCAUCAGAUUAAAAUACGAGCUCCCGAUUGCCAGUCUCAGCGAUUUCUAUUCCGAGAACGCCCAUCAGACCACCCCCAAGUGUACGUGAUGGACGUCGUAACAUUCGGUUCCACCUGCUCGCCAGCAUCAGCACAGUUCGUGAAAAAUCUCAACGCUGACGAGUUUGCGACUGACUUUGAGUCGGUCAACGAGGCGAUCGCGGUGGUAAACGAUGUCAAGCUGGUACACUCGAAAGGUGGCUUCACCUUACGGCACUUCCUGUCUAACGAGACCGAAGUUCUGCAGAAAAUAGGAGAGACGGAUGAGCUAGAGCAGAAGAACCUAGAUCUGGAACGGGGGGGAAAUCUGAGUCGGUCCUUGGAAUGA